AACAUUUCCAGUCCAUGCGUCACAGUACGGUGACGUUCGCCAUCACAAUUUUCAGUAACAAACAAAGUUUUCCACGACGAAAUCUAGAAAUUCAUUAGUGCCGUUGCUGAAGCGCAGGCAGGGCAGCGUCGAGCGUGAUGUAAGGGCUCGUUACGAGCGAGCGUCCAUGUCCGAUUCGCAAGCGAUAGGCCAAGGGGCCAUGUUAGAUACACGUAGGCAUUUUUUCUACCCUGACAGCAGUAGUGACACAGAAGAGUACAGAAGGGACGCAGAAGAACGUCGUAAGCGUCUUUCUAAGCGUAACGGACCAGGCUUAAGAAGAGUUAUAUCAAAUAUGCCACCAAAAAACCAAGCAACCAACGCACCGAUGCCGUCAACAUCCAGUCAGGAACCGCCGAAAAAUGGGCAAAAAAAUCAGUUGUGUGAUGAUAGAAUUACUCUUGUGGUGGAUAACACUCGAUUCGUGGUCGAUCCAGCUCAGUUUACCGCUCAUCCAAACACAAUGCUGGGGAGGAUGUUUAGUUCUGGUAUAGAGUUCACCCAUCCAAACGAGCGAGGCGAAUACGAAGUGGCUGAGGGCAUAACCGCUACCGUGUUCCGUGCUAUCCUGGAGUACUACCGCGGUGGUACAAUUAGGUGUCCGCCAACGGUCUCCGUUCAGGAGUUGAGGGAGGCCUGCGAUUAUCUGCUGGUGCCAUUCGACGCUAACACUGUCAGAUGUCAAAACCUCCGUGGUCUCCUCCACGAACUAUCUAACGAGGGUGCCCGUCGACAGUUCGAGAGUUUUCUGGAAAGCCUCAUCUUACCAUUGAUGGUGGAGUCCGCCCAGCGAGGCGACAGGGAGUGUCACGUCGUGGUGCUGCUGGACGACGACUCGGUGGAGUGGGACGAGGAGUACCCCCCGCAGAUGGGCGACGAGUACAGUCAGACGGUGCUGUCGACCCCCUUGUAUCGGUUCUUCAAGUACAUCGAAAAUAGGGACGUAGCCAAACAAGUAAUGAAGGAACGUGGCUUAAAAAAGAUACGCCUCGGUGUGGAAGGCUACCCGACUUACAAGGAGAAAGUACGCAAACGGCCCGGGGGCAGAGCUGAAGUCAUAUACAACUACGUCCAGCGACCCUUCAUCCACAUGUCCUGGGAGAAGGAGGAAGCCAAGAGCCGGCACGUGGACUUUCAAUGCUUCAAGUCCAAGUCCGUCACGAACCUGGCAGAGGCGACCGCUGACCCAGUAAUCGAGCUCGAACCGAACAGAGCGAGGGAGGAGCUCGAGGUCCAAGAUCCAGGGGAGGUACAGGAGGAGGAGCAGUGAUUAUUGGUACCGCGGAAAGCGGUCAGGAUAUUAAUGGCAUUCUUUUGCUGGUACUCGAUGUGAUUGGUACGGGGGGAUUGAACAGUGAUAGUUUGGUAUUUAACGGUUGUGUUUAGUUGGAAUUAUUAUUAUAACGGGACGAUUGUGAACUAGCGACGUGUUUGUCUGUCUGCUGUUGGGUGUAAAUUGUGAGUGACACCUAUCGAGACAAAAUCGAGUCUGAAAUAAAUAAUAAAGUCUAACGAUUCAAGCUAAUCAUUCGCGGUCGACGGCCGCCAUGUUUGUUUUCUGGUGACGUCAGAAAAGUCAACAUGUUUUUUUAAAUCGCUUGUGGCGCUUAAAGGGUUACAUUGUCCAUUUUCAAUUCGCAUAUAAAGUGUAGUUUGUUUUAUUUUAAAAGAUAUCGUUUUACAUGAUGUUUGAUGUGCAAAAUUAAUAAAAAGUUUAUGAAUAUCAUGAAAAUUGACAAAUAUAUGUAUUUUUUUCAUGGAAAAGCUAGAUGUCGCUGUAGUGCAUCAACUUUUAUAGUAUAGAACCGGUUGCCAUACAUAUUAUAUACAGGCAGGAUAAUGUUUGUCGAGUGUUGCAAGUGAAAUAUAUUUGUGUAAAGAAAACGGAUGCGAAAGAAUCGAUAUGGUUAUUUAAGUAUUUGCACGUUUUUAUACUGAAAUGAUAGUUAAGCUAAAUUAAUUGGAAUAUUAACAGUUUUUAUAAUGAAAAUCGAAUAAAUAUCGGUAUAAGGGCUAACAUCAAAAUACGAGUAGAGGAAUGGCGGAAAAGAAAUAAGAAAAUGAUGUCGGAAAUUAAUAAUAAAUUGAAUCAUAUAAAACAAAAUUGAAUUUUAUUUAAUACACGUUUAAAUGGUAAAAAUAAAUUAUUGGAAAAUAGCUUAUGUUGAUGUGAUAUAAUGAAUCUAAUAAAAACUUACAUACUAUCUGGUAAUAAUAAAAUCAUUUUUAUUGUAUACACAUGGAUCACCAGGACAAAUAUUAGACAUUUCUAAUAAAAAAAAAAAAAAACUUAUAAUUUAAGUUAUCUGUGUAAAAUCCUUAUUUUACUUUCAUAAUACUUAAAAGUAAUUAUAAUCGUUUGGUGUACAUAAAUUAAAUUAAACUACGCUUUAGAUAGAUAGAUGUGGCAAUGGAAAUAUACACUGUUAAUAUUAUUUCGGGACGUUCAAAAUGGCGGCCAUACCAGCUGAUGCAAAAUAACUCUUAUAAGAUUGUAUUUAGAGAUGGUUUUUGUAUGUACUUUAUGUUUAUACAUGGUUAAUAUUCAAAUUUGCUAAAUUCAAAAUGGCGGUCACAACAGCUGAUGCAUAAUAUCUGCUCUUACGGCAUUGUAAUUAGAGUUGGUAUUUGUACGUUCAUUAUGUUUAUAGGAACGCUUAUUAUCUAAUAGAUAGAUGAUAUACAUUGAAUAUAAUCCAAUGGUGUUCUUUUUUAUUAUAUUUCUGAUAAAUG